AUGUCCAUUGCUACCUUAUUUGGAAAGCUUCAGGAAUACGAGUUGGAGUUAAACAGAAGGGCUAACCGUGAGCUUAACAAGAAGAAACAAAAAGGAUUAGCUCUCAAGGUAUCAUCAUCUCAUUCAAAGGAAAGUAAGAAAAGUACUGAUACAUCAUCAAAUGAUUUAGGCACCGAUAAAGACGACGAAAUGACAAUGUUUGUGAAAAAAUUUAACAAGUCAUUCACCAAAUUCUUCAACAAGAAGUUCAACAAAAGGAGAAGAAGAGAUGCUGGCCAAAGAAGAAAAGACAAUAAUUCAAGCAAUGCAAACUCAAACAAUGCUUGUUUUGAGUGUGGAAAGGAAGGCCACUUCCAAAAGGAUUGCCCUAACAAAAAGAAUAAAUACGACAACGACAAAUUCAAGAAAGGUAAAGGCAAAAAGAAAAAGAAGGCCUACAUGGCAUUCUCGGAUGAUUCAUCAAGCUCAUCAAGCUCCUCAAGUAGUGAAAAAGCAAACUUGUGCUUAAUGGAAAAUCUAGAGGAUGAACAUACCGAUGACAGCAAGCCUGUUUCAAUGUAUCUUUCACAAAUAAUGCCUAUUAGCAAUCAUAAAUGA